UACAUAAAAGCGUGUAACACUGAUUCAUGUUCAAUCACUUUGCAUUCAUUCGUCUUUUGUACGACUACUUUCUUCCUAUGUAAUUCAUAAACUCUGGCAAUAUAUUUCCAUAAAUAAUCCAAAAUGCUUUGUUGUCUAUCGGGUUGGUUGUGCUCAACCCUGUUUUAUUUCGCCAUCCUCCCAGCAGCAGUUUUGCUGGGAACAAAGCUGAUAAUUAAAAAACUUCGGGGAAAGGUCGACCCUACAAAUGAAGUCGAUAUCCAAGGAAAAACCGUGAUCGUUACGGGAGCCUCGGACGGCAUUGGGAAAGUGACGGCGGAGGAGUUUGCGAUCCGUGGGGCUCGAGUCAUCAUGGCGUGCAGGAAUUUGCAGAAGGCGGAAAAAUGUGUGGAAGAUAUCCGGAAGAAAACGUCAAAUGGAGAACUGAUUGUUAUGGAACUCGACCUCUCAAAAUUAUCAUCCGUGCGAAAAUUUGCGUCUGAAUUUCUGCAAAAAUACGGUGGUGACAGUAACCCAGGUGGGCUUUCUAUUCUCGUUAACAAUGCGGGAAUCGUUAAUCCGCUUGGGGUCAGGAAAGUGACGGAGGACGGAUUUGAGGAAACUUUUGGAGUCAACCACUUGGGUCACUUUCUCCUCACAAACCUCCUCUUACCCGAGAUUGAGAAAGCCGGUAACAAGUCUAGUGACCCAAGCCGUAUCGUCAUCGUCAGUUCUGGAGCGCACAACUGGGGUCAACUAAACUUUGAUGAUUUGAUGUUUGAGAAAACUCCAUUUGAAGAUUUUAAAAUCCUUCCAAAAUUAUAUUGCAAUUCCAAAUUGGCAAAUAACCUGUUUAACCUUGAGCUCGCGAAGAAGUUAAGGGCCAAGAAAGUCAACGUUAAUUGUUACGCAUUGUGUCCCGGAUUUGUUUUAACCAAUAUUGAGACGGAUGCUUUAAGAGAAACCCCUCCGCAUUGGUUAAUUCUUAACGUUAUUCGACCCAUCCUAAAAUUUGUGAUGCUUAAGAAUGCGAAAGAGGGCACAGAGACGACGAUAUAUUGUUCCCUGAGCAAGUACUUGACCCAUCAUAGUGGCGAAAUGUACAGGAAUAGUGAAUUUUGGGAUUACAGCAAGAGACCAAAACUGAGCGAAAAGGAUGCAGCCAAGCUUUGGGAAAUGAGUGAAAAGCUCGUGAAGCUGAAUUAAAUAAAUGUUACGACUUUUACUCUUUUACUUGUAAAGUGAAAAUAUGGUUAUAUGAAAUAUUCAAAUUAAAUACACAAAAUUUUAAAAGUCA